AUGAACACGCAACUUGCUCGAGUCGGAAUGCUGGUUACCGACUUUGAUGAAACAGUCACACUCGAAGACACAACUUGUGAAAUAGCUAAACUCGCUUAUAAUAAAAGAGCCCGAAAAAACAUUUGUCCCAUGACCAUAGUAGAGAAGCAACUCCAACAAAUUCAAACCUCAAACGACUACCCAUAUCCUUGUCCGCCACUUUGGUCUUAUUUUGUAAAUCUUUAUCUUAAAGAACGCGCUGAUUUCAUAUUCAAAUGGCGUCAAAAUAAUCCUCACUACACGCUGAGUGAUUUCUACUCGCUUCUUUCGUCUCUCUCCCUUGUCGAAAACAAUUCUCUUGACCGCGUCGAAUCCUACCAUUGCCUUACUGGCAUUUGUGCAUCUGAGCUUUAUUCAUGUGGGAAAUGUAUUCCCAAACGUCCAGGCGUGGUCGAAUGCAUACGUUCUUUUGUUCAAAAGGAUAAUCGAAGCGUAUAUGUAUUGAGUACUAACUGGUCGACCGACCUGAUACUGGGCGCGUUGAGUGAUGUAGGUGUGGAAAAGGGUAUAAUCAUGUCUAAUGAUUUGGACUUUGAUUUGGAGGGUGAAUACGCGACUGGGAAGAUUACGAGAAAAGUGGUGACGGGUACGGACAAGCUGAAAUUGUUUAAAAAAUUGGAUAUAUCCAAAGGAAUGUUGACUGUCUACGUUGGCGAUUCUGAUACUGAUCUUCCAUGUCUAUUGGCAGCUGAUGUGGGUAUCGUGAUGGGAAACAACUACUCUCUAAAGAAGAAUUGUGAAAGGCUUGGAAUUGAGCUUGUCAAUGGUUUGAGCCGUGUGACUGCAGCUACGAACGAUAAAAGAGAACUAUAUAGAGUGAAAGAUUGGUUCGAAAUAAAGGAGAGCGGAUUAUUGAGAUAG